AUGUGUAUCUCUUCGAGACCUCGAACGGGAAUCAGGGUGGACGGACAACCAAUAAAACUCGUCGAUGAGUUCUGUUACCUAGGCUGUACGCUGAAGAACAAUGGCAGCUACGAGAGAGAUGUUCAGCAAAGAUGCGCUAAGGCCACUUCUGCAUUUAACUCCUUAACGAAAUGCCUGUGGUCGACCCUCAUCACCAACGAAGUCAAGCUGCGAGUCUACCUAUCCGCAAUUCGCCCCAUCAUGAUGUAUGGAUCGGAGAUUUGGGCAGCACCAUCAACGGUUAUGGAGAGGCUUGACGAAAGCUGCUUAGACGGCUACGUGGCUACUUUUGGCCUAGGGAGACCGGCAGAUCGCCUUGUCCAACGAGUUCUGAAGAGUUCGUCGGGUUCGAGCUGGAAGAAGCCACCUGGCCGAAAACGGAAGUUCUGGACUGAGGCGGUAAAAGAGGACCUGAGGACACUCGGCGUGGAUAGGCAGAUCAGGCGAGACGCAAGGUUUCGCAGAACAUGGAAUAGCGACGAAUGGAUUGAUUGGCAGAAGAUCGAGAAGGUUUGGCAGAGCUGUGUUCAAGGACGGCACACCUCGGCGAAGAUGCGGGUAAUCGCGUCAGGCGAUGACAUCAGCCCGCCGAUUAAGUCAAAAUCGUGUGAGGUUUACAAACGUGUAACCGGCCUAUACAAUGACUUGCGGUGGCUAGCCGAUGUGUCAAGUCAGUGUUUUGAUUUUGUUUUGAUCGUUUCGAGCGUGGAAUCAUGCCAUACUGGAAGAGUUGCGGACCAUUCUAUUCUUCACGUGGCUAAUCAGACUCAAGAGGUGGUCAACGAUGAUAAGAAGUCCGCUGUUCCUUUGGAUGUUUCACAGUUCAAACCCGAAGAACCAAAGGUGCAUAUCGAUGGUCGUGACCUAACAAUCGAGGGUAGACAGGAAGAGAAGAGUGAGUGUUAA